UGCAGAGGUAAAUCUGCACUCUGUCUUUACAAGUUCACAUGCGUGAUGAAAAGAUAUAAUUCAUUUUUUUUUACGAUUUUCACAUGCUAUGAGCUCAAUCAUGGCAAUGAGAACAAGAUAGCUAUCCAAUAAUCUUUUUUACCGUAUAGAUUUAGUUUCCUGGUAGGUUUAAGAACGCAACAUCUCAUGAAGAUGGCGUCUCGUCAAUCUUGCCUGCACCUUGAGAUAUUUCUUCUGCUGAUUGCCUCCGCGCUCGGUGACUUAUACCUCAGUAACUCAGUGAACCUGUAUGUGGAUGGUUCCAAAGGAAAGGAUGUGGAUUCGUGUGGUGCGCAGAUAGAACCUUGUAAAACUGUACAGUUCGCUGUAGGGAGAAGUCUGCAAACUGCUGCUCGGUCUGCCAUGAUUACCGUGGCUUCUGGGCUGUACACAGGCCAAUCAAUCAGGGUAGAAUGUAAGGACGGGCACCCUGGAGCUUAUGUUAUCCGAGGAGACUCUGCUCAUGAUGUUACCUUGACGUUUUCCUUGGACAUCAGAGAGUGCAAUUUCACAUUCAGCAACAUUUUAUGGACAACCACAAACUCAACGAACGCUCUGCUAAUAAACCCAGUAGCAUCAAUCCUGUCCAUGCAUAACUGCACAUUCCAAAAUAGUCGAUUCAGUAUUGUUAGCUCAGGGUCUGAUCUACAAUUGACUCAUACUAGGACAAGUAACUGCACUGGAUGGAUAGAGGGAUCACCCACUUUUUCUGUAUCCUCCCUUUCAGGAAGGGAUAGCACGGUUUUUAUAAGUGAUUGUAGCUUUGCUCACAACCGUGGAACUAUUCUUUCAGCCAAGGACCUAGAUCAAGUUUUACUUAAAGACAGUUCUUUUACAAACAAUAAGAUUGGGAGCCAAGGAAGUCUCAUUCAAGCAAGUGCUCAAAACGUCACACUGUCAAGCUCCAUAUUCUAUCAGAACACUGGAAGUGUUUUAAAGAUCGCAGUUGUUGGUGUAACAGGAAUGUCAAGCACUAUCUUCAAGGAUAAUGUGGUCCUUGGGGGAUCUUUAAUUGAAGUAACUGACGAAGGUCUUGUUGAUAUUGAUGAUAGUUCAUUUCUUGGUACAUAUGGGACAGCUGUUGCACCUGUGCUUAAUGUUAAAAGUAAAGUCACUAAAGUAGACAUCAAGAGAGGCUAUUUUGGCUGCAACAAAGUGAACAGCAGUAUGCAUGCUCCUCCCAUGAACAGCAAGUUAGAUGAUCAGAUCAGUUGCCAUGACUGCACCACAGACCAAGGAUGUCCUGUGUUCUGCCCUGCAGGAAGUUACCUAAAGCAAUCCAUAUUGUGUGUAUCCUGCCCUAAAGGGACGUAUAGCUCAGGAAAUAAGAUGAAUUUCACAACUCUUGCUUGCAAAAGGUGCCUGCCUGGUCACUUCAAUGCCAAUCCAGGAAGCAGUAGAUGCCAACCCUGCAAGGCUGGUACAUAUACCGGAAAACAUGGAUCAACUGUUUGCACACCUUGUAAAAACGACUUGUUUACAUCAGGCAAGGGACAAGCAAGUUGUUCAAAAAUGUCCACUGGUUGCAUGGUACUCACUGUCUGUGUGUCUGUCCUGAUAGUAGUCCCCCUUAUCUUACUGUUGUGCCAGUGUAGAAAGAAUUCAGCAAAGACCACAUCUUCCUGCACAGGGCUGCAAAACGGCAAAUAUCGACAAAUGCGCGAACCAGGCAAUGUUACUGUACAGGUGGCACAUUGACAAGAGUUUUUCAAUAAAAUUCUAACCAUCCCGAAAGCACAAAAAAAUGUUUUUAUGCCAUUGUAGUAUCUCCACGGGAAGUUUAUUAUCGGAUUUGCCUACAGAAAAGUUUGACUUUUAAAAUAUGACAUACCAGUGUGAUCUAGAAAUCGCUUAUGCUUUAUAGUUUUGUAUACAAAUAGCACAUAUAUUGUGAACCGGUAGUGGACUUUCCGCCGUUUUUUGUUUUAUUUGGGGGUAUGCGUUUGCACCCCCUGCACUUUUCUGGGUACGGGCCUGUGUUUGGUGCGAGGAAGAGAAAGAAAUUGGCUUUGCCAUCACCUCCUAUCAUUCCAUAACACGUUGAGCUGCCACAGAAUCAGGUGGUUGGGUUCUUUCAGAAUCUUAUAUGCAGAUAGAAUAAGAUCAAGAAAAAUCGUUGCAAUUUGCUUCUGGUUUCUUAGAAAGUAAGAGAAAACGCAGAGGGCUUUCACAGGUACAAUCGCAACAAAAUAACCCAUUUGCCACAAGAUUUUGGACCUCAUCACAAGCCUAUUUUUUGUGAGAUUGUUCAUACAUUCUCUGUAUUCACCCACAUUGGCUUAGAUUUUUUUUUCUUGUUUUUUUUUUUUUCUUCACAUAUACUGUAUUUCACCCGAUUUCACAAGAUUUCUGUCCAAGUUGGGUUGACAAUUAUGAUAACUUCCGCUGGCGAAUUUGGUGAAUCCCUCGUAGUUCUCACUUGCUGGGGCUCUUUUUAGUCUUAAAAGACUGUAAUCAUAUUAGAGAGUAGGGCAAAAAUAUAUUUAAUAAACGGUAAGACAUAAUUA